GUAAUUACUUUGUACAAAAGGGAACAAAACAUACAGUGAUGUAUAAAAUAUACGUUAUAUUUCUUGAGGAUUUAUUAAAACAUAUUAUUUAGUCAGUAAAAGAGAAAAGGUUUAAUUGUUUUGCACUCAAAUGUGUUAAGGUCGAUAUUUAUUACAUUUAAAUGAUGAUGAAGGCAGGUAAAAGCGUAGAAGUUAAGGAGGAAAUUGCCGAGGUGCAUACAUCUGCUCGGUCACCAUCACCUAAGCGUAAAGGGACUGAGACACGUAGAAGUAGAUCAGCUUCACGCAAACUUUCCAACGGCCAUGUUUCAAACACUGAGCCACUUGAUACGCCAACUACAGUUGAAGAAAAGCCAGAGACAUCGGCAGAGAAGACUAAAACAAAGGACAACUGGAUAAAUUCAGAACAAGAGUCUUUGGAUGUUGAAAUUCCAAUUCAUGAUCAAAUAAAACUGGGUAUAUUAGGUUUUGUGGAGAAAGAAAUUAAGAAAUCUGAUAAGAACCCGUCAUUUGUAUUCUAUUCACAUGACCCAAAUGGCUUGGAGGAGAAAUUUAUGAAGAACUUGUCAAGACCUUCUAGUGGUCAUAAAGAAAAGCGGAGUCCAUCUUAUAGGAAAAAGAAAAGACAUUCAUCCCGACAUAGAGACAGGGAGCUACAUGACUUUGAUGUGCCUGGGUCAAGUCUUAGUGCAUUAGAAAAGGUUGAUGAUUACUUAAAAGAAUAUAAUAAAGAUGAAGUGGUGACUCUCAGCGGUGAGCUGGAAAUUGAACCAAAUGACACAGAAAAUAAUAACGGAACUUCUAGAGAGAUGAGACACAAGCAGAGGAAGACACGACGGAAAACAAGAGAUGAGCGCUUAGAGACUGAUGCUGUUAGCAAAGAAGUUAGCCCUAAAGUUUUUAAAACUGGUACGAAAAGUAAAAAUGGAACAAAACCAGUGAGACCAACAGACUUAACAACAAUGUUGGAGAGAUUGGAGUCAAAUGUGCCGUACCACGACCAGUAUAUUGACAAUCCAUUUUCAUCACCUUCACCUCUGACAUCACCAAAUGAUGAAAGACUUGAUCCUUUCACUCGGAGAACUGAUAAAAUAUAUCUUCAAGGCGGUGGAACAUUCAGAGCAGUGUCCAGAGAUAGAAUACUACAAGAACAGCAAUCUAGAGAUGAUGAUAAAUAUUUAAGGUUAGGUAACCUAACACCAUUAGAUAUGGCAAUUAUGGUACAAAAAGCUUGGCGAAGUUGCGCUCCUGCUUGUCACGGGGUAUUAGGAGGGCUUUCGUUAAUGCAUCUCUUACUCAUCAGUUACUCGGACAGUCUGGACGGUGGUCAUCUAUCAUUCCAUGCUGUGGUGACCAUGCCGUAUGUGGCCACUUACUAUUUCUUCUGUGUGCUGUGUUUAUUUUCAGUUCUAGAUCGACUGGAUGUAGCCAGUAUAGAGGUAUCUCGCGGGCUGCAGCCGUGGUUCCAGCCCAUCGUGCUGGUCAUCUUGUACACAGCCUGCCUGCUGGUGUGCACGGCCGCCAGGAUGUAUGACGAGCUGAUGGUCUACCAGUAUGCUCCGGUCUACCUCAACAGCACAGGAAAUGUUACUGUGCCUACAGUUCCAUCGUUCUAUCACACGUGGACACACCUGUCUAUCUGGCGCGCGGUGCUGUCGAUCCUGGGGCUGGUGUACUUCGUGAUCUCCAGCCCCCCGGACCUGCUGCAGGCUGGUCUCACACAGCUGCUGCACUACAAACACCCCCUUCAGAGUAUCGGAUGAUUCUUUAUCUUUAACUCAUAGUUUGACGUUUCCAUUUUG